AUGUAUAAGAAUGAUGGCUCCCCUCAGGCCAUGAAUAACUCGGAGACCUUCACACUGAGUGGGGUUUCCACUAGGACUCGAGUAAAGACCUCAGUUUCCGCUCGCCUACCCGAUGUGUGGCUGAGAGCAGGAGAGCUGGCUCUGUGGCCCCUGCUGAAAGAAGAGGAUAUAUCUGCAGCCGAGAGAGGAGCAACAGCUGAUGGCUUUGCCUUGACACUCGGCUAUCAGGCCUCAAGUAAAGAUGUCACGGCUUCACUGCACAGGAAAGUCCUGUCGUGGACUGUGUGGCGGGGGAAAGAGGAGAAAGAGAGUGUGUCUCUUAAAGCAAUAACACACACUUCCACAUCUCAGACAGUGGCAGAAAUUGGAUCUUACAGUGGAGUUUCCAACCUGUUCAGGGCUGCAAGUGUCCCAGAUGUGGCGGAAAGGAGUCCAAAGUCAGCAUUUUCUUCCAUCUCCAUCGCAACCCAGAGGAUUUUGCCAUUACUUUGCAACCCACAGGACCCUGCGUAUCGAUCCACUCCAACACAGCGUGUUAAGGUUCCAACUCUACAAGAAACUUUCAUUCCCACAAGCCCAAUGAGAGUCUCAAGUUCUCAACCGGACGUGUGCAGAAAGGGUCCUACCAUUGUGAUGCCAAAUGAGUUCGGACAGGCCUUCUCACACGCUGAUGGAUUGGCAGUUAGAGAUCACGGAAAGACGAAAGUACAACUUGUACGCAGGGUGAGCUUCACAGAGAGUGACAGGAAACAGGAUGAGAUAGGUGGUUUAUUAAUGUCUGCACAUUCUCACCGAUCUUGUAUCCAUCUCGAUAUGCCGCUGAGGUCCAUUAGCUCUGUUGUGUUUUUGGACAAGUCCCUUUCCAUUUCCCUUGUGGAACUAGAGGGAAGAAGAUCAGGUCAACCCACUCAGUACAGGUCCAGUUUGUCUGUUCGCAUCAGUGUCCAAUCCUGCCGCAGAUCCUCUGCAGAUAACAAAGCGGCCAAAAUAAAUGAGGGUUACGGGAGACCUAGAACGGCCAUGUUGGGUCGAAACAAACACAAUGGCCGAGAGAGUGUUUUGGGUCACUGCAGAAGCCCUCUAUCACAGCCCAGGGGACACAGGGUCGAGCCAAUAGCACCCGCUCAUGGUGUUAACAGCAAGGCUGAUGAUUCAGAUAUGCAGCAGCAGCACAGCACUGCUCUGGGAUUAUUGUCAUUCAAAGGGCCGGGCCCCUCAGACACAAAGCCUGGCAGGCAGAAGGGGAUUGCAGAUGAGGAAGCCUUCGCUAUCCGGAGCAAUUUCAAGCAGCACACUUCUAAUAUUGGCCCAGUGGAAUCCAGAGUUUGCAGCAAGCAAGCUGGAAAUUGCAAGACAGAAGAACAACAAGAAGUUGACGGGUCCCCAGAGCCUCGAAGAGUCUCCUUGAAGAAACGACCGCAGGCUGAUUAUCUGAAAGGCACACCCAAGACUCUCAGCCUCAAAGAGGCUUUGGAGCUCUUCAGGCCAGACUUCAUCAGCCGAUCUCAAGGUCGGGUGAGGAGGUUGGAGCAGAGGGUUUCAAAAAGGAGAUUGCUGCAGGACUCCAAUCCAGACGUGGUGCAGGGCCUCAGGGAGGAACGAGACAAACAGAAGAGAAACUGCACCACACCGGAUCCACUUAGUGGUGACAGCUCUCGCUUCCAACUCAACACUUAA